UGGGGGGGGCGGGGGGAGAAGGACGAGGAAGCCGCAGGCGGGGGGGGGAGGGGCGCUCAGGCAGCUGAAGCGCUGCCCCCUUGGCUGACUGCCUGAUUCCUCUGCUCUCGCCUGCUGCUCAGAGUCACCAUGUCGGGACUUGCGAGCAAGCGGGCAGCCGGGGAUGGGGGCUCUGGGCCCCCUGAGAAGAAAUCCAACAGGGAGGAGAAGACUACCACUACCCUGAUUGAACCCAUCCGUCUGGGGGGCAUCUCUUCCACGGAGGAGAUGGACCUCAAGGUGCUCCAGUUCAAGAACAAGAAAUUAGCUGAGCGCCUGGAGCAGCGGCAGGCCUUUGAGGACGAGCUGCGUGAGCGCAUAGAAAAGCUGGAGAAGAGGCAGGCCACCGACGAUGCCACUCUCCUGAUUGUCAACCGCUACUGGAAGCAGCUAGAUGAGACCGUGCAAGUGCUGCUGAGGCGAUGUGACGGAGAAUGCGGCCAGGCUCUCGAGGAGCCCAAGUUGGAGAUGACAGGAGCCGAGUUGGAUGCCACUCUCCUGGGGCAGGAGGGGCUGGAGAGGAGAGAGGCAGUCCUGUCCCCCGUUACUCCCCCCGCCCCGUGGAAAGCCGGAGCGGGGCUUGUGCUGAACGAGCCAGCCCUCUCCUUCUUGGCUACCUUGGCCAGCAGCAGCAGCGAAGAGAUUGAGCUGCAGCUCCAGGAGCGCAUGGAGUUCUCCAAAGCCGCCGUCUCCCGCAUCGUGGAGUUCUCUGACAAGAUCCACCGGCGCACCGAGGAACUCUGCCAGAAGAUCCACGCCCGGGUGGAGUUUGACCAACUGGAAGAAGCAGUGAAGUCUCUCAACAAGGACCUGAUGAGGGAGAAUCGGCACUUGCAGGACCUGACCACCCAGCUGCAAGAGAAGCACCAUAAGAUCUCCUUGGAGUACACGGAGCUGCAAGACAAGGUGACCUCCUCCGAGACCAAAGUGCUGGAGAUGGAGACGACCAUCGAGGACCUGCAGUGGGAUAUCGAGAAGCUGCGCAAGCGGGAGCAGAAGCUGAACAAGCACCUGGCUGAGGCCCUGGAACAGCUAAACUCGGGUUACUACGCAUCGGGCAGUUCCGGCGGGUUCCAGGGUGGGCAGAUCACACUUAGCAUGCAGAAGUUUGAGAUGCUGAACGCGGAGCUGGAGGAGCACCAAGAGCUUGCCAACAGCCGCAUGGCGGAGCUGGAGAAACUGCAACACGAAAUGCAGCAGGCUGUGAGGACCAAUGAGAAGCUCAAGGUGGCGCUGCGGAGCCUCCCCGAGGAGGCGGUGAAAGAGACGCUGGAGUACAAAGUGCUGCAGUCUCAGUUCUCGCUGCUGUACAACGAGAGCCUGCAGGUGAAAACACAGCUGGACGAGGCCCGGGCCCUUCUGCUCACCACCAAGAACAGCCACCUGCGCCACAUUGAGCACAUGGAGAGUGAUGAGCUGAACCUGCAGAAGAAGUUGCGGACGGAGGUGAUCCAGCUGGAGGACACCCUGGCCCAGGUGCGCAAAGAAUAUGAGAUGCUGCGCAUUGAAUUUGAGCAGAACUUGGCCGCCAACGAGCAAGCAGGUCCCAUUAAUCGAGAGAUGCGGCACCUGAUCAGCAGCCUCCAGAACCAUAACCACCAGCUGAAGGGCGACGUGCAGCGGUACAAGCGGAAGCUCCGGGAAGUGCAGGCGGAGAUCAACAAGGUUCGGCUGCAGCAAAGCGGCUUUUCCUCCAGCUCCACAGCAGCACCCCCUACUCCAGGGGCCGAGGACCCCGCAGGGCUGCUGGGGCCCCCAGGGGCUGCCACCGUGAAAGAGGAAGAGGGAGCAGCACCUCCCGAGGUGAAAAAGGAGCCCAAGGAGGUGCAAGUGAAGAAGGAGCCCAAAGAGGAGGCUGCUGCCCUCCAGCCUCUCGGAAUCCAUGAAGGGGUGAAAAAGGAGGAAGAGGAGCCACCUGCCCCACAGCCCCUCGCCCCACAGCCACCCCCACCUCCCCGCGCCAAGGAGCCUGAGCGGUCCAAGGGGCGCAGUGGCGGGGAACGGAGUGGGGAUCGCGAGAGAUCCCGGGACCGGGACAAAGAGGCCUCCUCGUCGUCGUCCUCCUCCUCGUCCUCUUCCUCGCGGGAUCGGGAGAAGCAGAAGGGUGGCGGAGGCUCUGAGGACCCCAAGAAAAAGGAUUCCGAUCUGCUCAAGCAGCUGCGGACUGAACUCAAGAAGGCUCAGGAGAGUCAGAAGGAGAUGAAGCUACUCUUGGACAUGUAUAAGUCGGCACCCAAGGAGCAGCGGGACAAAGUGCAGCUCAUGGCCGCUGAGAAGAAGACCAAGGCAGAGGUGGAGGAGCUGCGGGUGAGGAUCCGCGAGUUGGAGGAGAAAGAGAAGAAAGAGAGCAAGAAAAUGGCAGACGAGGAUGCCUUGCGCAAGAUCAAAUUGGCCGAGGAGCAAAUUGAGCACCUGCAGAAGAAGCUGGCUGCAACCAAGCAGGAGGAGGAGGCUCUCCUGUCCGAAAUGGACGUGACGGGCCAGGCUUUUGAGGACAUGCAAGAGCAGAACAUGCGGCUGAACCAGCAGCUGCGCGAGAAGGAUGACGCCAACUUCAAGCUGAUGUCGGAGCGCAUCAAGUCCAAUCAGAUCCACAAGCUGCUGCGGGAGGAGAAGGACGAGUUGGCUGAGCAGGUGCUGGCCCUCAAGUCCCAGGUGGACACCCAGCUGUUGGUGGUGCAAAAGCUGGAGGAGAAGGAGCGUGUUCUGCAGGGGAAUCUGGGCACAGUGGAGAAGGAGCUCACUUUGCGCAGCCAGGCCCUGGAACUCAACAAGAGGAAGGCAGUGGAGGCUGCCCAGCUGGCAGAGGACUUGAAGGUGCAGCUGGAGCACGUGCAGUGUAAGCUGAAGGAGAUCCAGACCUGUAUGGCCGAGAACCGAGCAGCCAAGGAGAAGGAAUCUUUCAACCUCAAAAGAGCCCAGGAGGACAUAUCACGCUUGCGGCGCAAGCUAGAGAAACAGCGCAAAGUGGAGGUGUACGCGGAUGCUGAUGAGAUUUUGCAGGAGGAGAUCAAGGAAUACAAGGCCAAGCUGACCUGCCCCUGCUGCAAUACCCGCAAGAAGGAUGCUGUCCUCACCAAAUGCUUCCACGUCUUCUGUUUUGACUGUGUCAAGACACGCUACGACACCCGCCAGCGGAAGUGCCCCAAGUGCAACGCGGCCUUUGGCGCCAAUGACUUCCACCGCAUCUAUAUCAGCUGAACACCUGGGUCCAAUUUCCCGCCCAAGGGGAUCCCUUUCACAGACGGUGCCUGGAUCCUGUGGCUUACCUAGCAAAAACCUGCCUCGGGUCCGCAUAAGACUCAUUCCUCCCUCACACCAGGUUUCUGGCUCUGGUCCAUGGACCCCUUCCCAAGCAUUUAAAAUAUUUUGCAGAGUUUCCUUUUCAGUGGUUUACUUUCUCUUCUCUCCCCUUGCCUGUAUACUUCCUGGGUCUGUAUCACUGGAUCCCCUCCCUAGAUCUGAGGAAUCCUCUCUGCUGCUGCUGCUGCUCCUCCUCCUCGGCAUUUCCCAAAUGGUCUCCCUCCAAAUUGCCUUUGGAUUUUUUUUUCUUCUUCUACCAUUUUGAAAACUUUUUUGACAACCACUGUCUGCAGGCAGCAGUCAUGCAGAUCAAACGCUUCCUGUUGGAAAGGUGCAUUCUUAUUCUUCAGUUAGUUUAAUAAUUGUUUUCCGUGUUUUGGAAGUAAAAGUUGGAGAUGAUCUGCUCCUGCGAGA